CAUCUGCUGCCGCGCGCACCAGACCCCAUGUCGGCGUGGCGUCUCGGCGCCCUUGUCCAUUGCUUCUUCCCGCGACAAGCAAGGGUGGGCCCGGCAAGCCCACAUGUGGCUUUCUGCCUACCUAGAUCCACACCAUCUUUUCCACUGCUUCCACAUUUCUUCCCCAAACCACGUUGUUUUGAAGACAUCCGAGUCCGGCACGGUCCGACUCGACCUCACCAAAUCGACCUCAAGAACGGGACCAUCGGGCUCUCCCGCCCACGCCGGUCGUCAACGGCCACAAGUGGUCGAUCGCAACCAAAUGGCUCCAUUUUCAGAACGUGCCAGCGGUUUUGCAGACUGUUUAAACUAGCUCCGCAUGGCUAGUCCGUGCAAUCCGAACCUGGUCCCUUUCCGGGUGCGCGGGAUGGCAGGGAGAAAUCGACAUCAGCGAUUCGUAGUGUAGGGUUGUCUCGAAGUCUCAUUCCCCAGUGAAAACUUGCAAAACACAGUCCUAUAUACAGGUCCUUGAAUCCGAUUAGGAUUCACAAUUCCCAGUGUGAUAUCUGUGCCUGCGAGCUAACGGUUUCUCUCUCAUCCUUGAAUCGCCGAGCCCCUGAGUUUGCGGGCACGUCCUAUCGGUAUCUGGCCGUACAAUACACUAUCUCUCGGUGGAAGAUGUCGCGCGGCAACGGGCACGGAAAGUGGAACUUGAUGCUCAACCCCUAAUUUCUGU